UGUGAGUUGGGAGUACCACAGAGAAUAACCUAAUCACAAAGGAGAUUAUUACAAUGUUGAGAUGUCAUUUAGGAAAACUUUCUUCGUCAUCUCUCAAAUUUUUUACUACUUCCUACAUUAAAACCCUCAAUACUGGUCUUCUUAGCACCCAUCGAUGUUUCUCUUCGACUCAGACAACUUCAUUUGCCGAUCAAAGUUGCCCUAAAAAACAAGAUGUCAAAAUUCCUGUUAGGGCUUAUUUCUUCAAUACUAGUAUUGAUUUAAAAGGUUUAGUGAAUGAGAAUGAAGUCAAUUUUAUACCAUCUACUACUCCAGCGACUAACAAUGUGGUUUUAAGAUUCGGUGAUACUGGUUCUUCUCCUCCUGGUAGCUUAAAUAAUGGGGGUUACUCGUAUAUGUCAGUUUUCCCCUAUGGAUCAAUUGUACUGUUUAAUAUUCCUGAUCAUGACAUCAACAAGUACCUCAACAUUGUGGAAAGGCAUACUUCAGGGUUUCCCAGGAAGGAUAACAACUAUAUGCUGUGCAAUAAAUCUAUGAAUUAUGAGGUGAUAGAGAAGCCAAAUUUGCCGGUGAGGAUGCAAGGUGGGUUUGAUUAUAUAAUGCUGCAGGAAUUGAACCCUUCUGGGAUUCAAAUAAUUGGUAGUAUUAUUGGUCAAAGUGUCGCUCUUAAGCACUAUAUUCGGCAGGUUGAUGGAGUGAUGUUUGGUUUAUCAAAAUUAAACUACCGAAAGAAUCUAUCCAGUAAAAAGGUUAAUAAACUUGUUGGUAAGGCAAAUUGUAGUCUAGCUGAUGCUGCUCUGAAACUCGUGUGGUCCACGCGGAAUUCAAGUCCUAUGCAUACUCUUAGGGUUGGGCUUUUUGAGAGCCUGGCGAGGUCAAACAGUGCAGAAUAUGCCGAGAUGUGGGAGUACCUCCGAAGUAAAUUUAAAUUAUCUAAGAGAUAUCCAGGCCUUGAUUUCAUGUUUGAGUUUAAGGAUCUCAAUCUGGACUUGGCUCUCGAUGAAUUGAUCGGAAAGGAUGUUUUGCCGAUGCCAAUGCUUGUACGUGAUAGCAGUUUCACAGUGUUUUACUUUACAUGUUGGGACCCAGUAGUCACAUUUUUAGAAGACCUUUUGGGCAUGCCAGAUCCAGUAAGGGAAGUCACUGCAGUUGCAUAACUGAUGUAUUUAGCUUUUGAUUGUCACCUGGAAAUUAUUUAAUAAGCAGGCUUUUAGCAGCUUGAAAGUGUAAUCAGUUUAAUGAUAUCGAAGCAAGUGUUCUUUA